GGGAAGUGAUAGGAAAACGGGGCUCCAGGGGUCGGGCAGACUUGGAAGGACUGAUGGGGGAGGUGAGAGGACUGGCCCAGUGUGAGGCAGGAGCUGGGACAGGCUGCAGGGGGACAGUGCAGACAAAGCGUAGAGCAAAGGUGGGACCCGAGCAUCUGGACUGGCCGGCAGUGCUGGGACGGUGGGGAGGGGAGACCGGAGAGGACAAUGGGUGGACCAAGAGGGUGACACGAGAUGGGCGGGAUGGGCCCAGAUAGAAAGGGGGCACUUAGAGAGUGGACAGUGGAUGAAGGCUCAGCGUGAAGCAGGGACCAGGAGGGAUGGGAAGGGGGACUGGGGCCCUGGGGCGUGCAGAGGUGGCGUUUGGACAGAUGGGCUGGGAGAUGGGAUGAGAGAACCCAGGAGGAUGUGGCGGGAGCAGCUCCCUCCGCCCGUUUGGGAUGCCAGUUGGGUGUACAACUGCUCAGCCCAGCCACCUCCUCCCGAGCAGGACUCGGCGCUGAAAGCCCUGGGGACAGAAGGCCUCUUCCUCUUUUCCUCUCUGGACACUGACGGGGACAUGUACCUCAGCCCCGAGGAGUUCAAGCCCAUUGCUGAGAAGCUGACAGGGUCAACUCCUUCGGCCAGCUAUGAGGAGGAGGAUCUGCCCCCUGACCCCAGCGAGGAGACACUCACCAUAGAAGCCCGUUUCCAGCCUCUGCUGCCAGAGUCCAUGACCAAGAGCAAAGAUGGGUUCCUAGGGGUCUCCCGCCUGGCCCUGUCCGGCCUCCGCAACUGGACGACCGCAGCCUCGCCAAGCGCGGUGUUUGCCGCCCGCCACUUCCGGCCCUUUCUUCCCCCUCGGGGCCACGCGGAGCUAGGCGAGCCCUGGUGGAUCAUCCCCAGUGAGCUGAGCGUCUUCACCGGCUAUCUGUCCAACAACCGCUUCUACCCACCGCCCCCCAAGGGCAAGGAGGUCAUCAUCCACCGGCUCCUGAGCAUGUUCCACCCUCGGCCCUUCGUGAAGACCCGCUUUGCCCCUCAGGGGGCUGUCGCCUGCCUGACCGCCACCAGCGACUUCUACUACACCGUGAUGUUCCGCAUCCAUGCAGAGUUCCAGCUCAGCGAGCCGCCCGACUUCCCCUUCUGGUUCUCACCCGGCCAGUUCACGGGCCACAUCAUCCUCUCCAAAGACGCCACCCACGUCCGUGACUUCCGGCUCUUCGUGCCCAACCACAGGUCUCUGAAUGUGGACAUGGAGUGGCUGUACGGGGCCAGCGAGAGCAGCAACAUGGAGGUGGACAUCGGCUACAUACCCCAGAUGGAGCUGGAGGCCACGGGCCCCUCAGUGCCCUCUGUGAUCCUGGACGAGGAUGGCAACAUGAUCGACAGCCGCCUGCCCUCAGGGGAGCCCCUCCAGUUUGUGUUUGAGGAGAUCACGUGGCAGCAGGAGCUGAGCUGGGAGGAGGCCGCCCGGCGCCUGGAGGUGGCCAUGUACCCCUUCAAGAAGGUCACCUACCUGCCGUUCACCAAGGCCUUUGAGCGAGCCAAGGCCGAGAACAAGCUGGUGCACUCAGUUCUGCUGUGGGGGGCCCUGGACGACCAGUCCUGCUGAGGUUCAGGGCGGACUCUCCGGGAAACUGUCCUGGAAAGUUCGCCCAUCCUCACCCUCCUCAAUGAGAGCUUCAUCAGCACCUGGUCCCUAGUGAAGGAGCUGGAGGACCUGCAGAACAACCAGGAGAACCCAUCCCACCAGAAGCUGGCCAGCCUGCACCUGGAGAAGUACAGCUUCCCCGUGGAGAUGAUGAUCUGCCUGCCCAAUGGCACCGUGGUCCACCACAUCAAUGCCAACUACUUCUUGGACAUCACCUCUGUGAAGCCUGAGGACAUCGAGAACAAUGUCUUCAGCUUCUCAUCCACCUUUGAAGACCCGUCCACAGCCACCUACAUGCAGUUCCUGAAGGAGGGCCUCCGGCGCGGCCUGCCCCUCCUCCAGGCCUAGUGCGCCUGCUGGGCAGUGAAAAGCCUACUGGACGGGGAGCUGGACAGGCCCCUCUGCCCCGGAGCCAGAGCAGCCCUCGCACAUUUCACCUUCCACCUCUCAGGCUGCCCGUGGGGUGCGGCCAUCCGAGCUUUGCCUCAGUGAAGGGGGGACAGGGGGUCCUUGGCUGACCAGGUGAAUGAACCUCGAGCUCCAGAGGCCACCAUCAGCCUUUUACUACCCACCUGGCUCCGGAAGCCGCUUGGGACCCCAGAAGAGGGCCCGGGGUCAUCUCCCUGGACCUCACUCACUCAGGCACAUAGUCCCGGCCCUUGCAGGGCGAGUAGUAGGGAAGAGUGGGUGCUAGGAAGACAGGGCCACCCCUCUCUCCUUACCUUCACCCCGUCCCAAGGGAAACAUCAAGAAGCCCUGGCCUGAGGGUGUGGGCAGGCUGCCAGGGAAGCGCUCCUGUUUCUCUGGAGCCUUCUUCCUCGCAUAGCCCUGACUGCCCUCCUGUGCUUGGUGUCCCCAGUGGAGUCAGUCUCAGCUGGAGACAGCCUUCUGGAAGCUCUGGGUAGGACCCUCCUUCAGAAGCGGAAAUCAUACUGUACCCCUGCUGCUGCCCAGACCACUCAAUCCAGCCUAACAAGAGGACCCCGCAGCCUAUUUCGGGACUUACUGGAAGCCAGCUCUCUAGGGAGGUUUACCAUGAAGUAAGCUUCUGCCCUUGGCAAGGAGUCCGCUGGGGCCCAGGGCCAUGGCACCCCUACCGCCUACCCCAGCAUAGGCCACGGCGGGACUGCUGGAGCCAGCGUCCCUGUAACACCUCCUGCCCCUCAGACCUCCGCUCCACGGAAGUGUAUCCCAGUCAGAGAACACAGCGUCCCCCAGAGCUGGCACUGUCCCAGCCAUCAGGCAGCCCAGACCAGCCCGUCCACCACUGGGUGGCCACUGACUCUCCUUGGCCUCUCUUAGGGCCUUGGUCCACAUCCUGAGCCACUGACCACGGCCAGUCUCUUUUUUAUACACGCAGGAAAAGUGUUUUUAUGUGACCUUCCUCACAGUUUAUAUGUAUUUUUGAUAGCCCCGGCACUGAGGAGAAAGGAGGGGGCAGUGGUACCCCCCAGCAGCUGCCCCAUGAUGGCUGGAUCUGAAAGCCUAGGUGGAUCCAGCUUGAUGUCUCUGCAGUUGCUGCUGUGGGAAGAAACACCCCUCUCUUCCUUCUCCUCUUCCAACUGUUUAAAAAUAGUCCUCAGAGGGUCAGUAUACCCCCUGCUCUAUCCUUGUCCUCCGCUCAGGCCCGUGAGGGGCCCUUGGGCUUUCCUAAAGCCCCCUCCGCCGCCCACCCCUGCCCUCGCUUGUGCCCCCUCCGCCACCCCACAGGGGGACUCCCUCCUGAUCCUGGAAGAGGAAGGCAGGCAAGCAUUUCCUCAGAUGCACUCCCAGGCCUCCCACGUGUCACUGGAGCUUCCACACUGAGUCUUCCUCACUGACUGUCAUGUUCUCAGUGUUGUAUCAAGUAUCGUAAUAAUGGCCAGUUACCAAGAGCUUUCUCUACCUAAAGCACUUGGUUAAGGUCACAUGCAUUUCCUCAUUUAAUCCUCACAACAGACAUGAGGCAGAUAUUAACCAUUCCCAUUUUGCAGAUGAAGGAAUUGGGUCUCAGGAAAGUGAAGUGACUUGCCCGAGGUCACUCAGUGGUAGGGUUGAGAUUCAGCCUGUGUCUUGAUGUUGGAGUGUUUUGUCUUGCACUACACAUGCCACCCCCCACCCCGUCCCCUCUCUCCCGUGUCUGUUUUCACUGAGGUGAGAAACAAAGCCUUUCAAGCCAGAAUGUCUUAUUCCUCUCUGUUCUCCAGAGCAAAUGAGGCGUGAGCCAACAAGCUCAGCCCAGUUCUUUGUGUCCCUUCUGGAAGGCGGUGCUUCCAUGCGGCUUACAGGGAGGGAGUUCACCGAGCCUGUCUCAGUGCUUCCAGGCACGGGUGGCAGUAGCCUGUCCCAUGAGCCACCCAGUGUCAGCAGGCUCAGCCCUCCCACCUAGCAGGCUUUCCCCCUCACUCUGGUCUGGGAAGGCCGGCAGCGUGAUGAGCGACCCGACCCGUACCCCGUGAAAGGUAAAGCAUGCUUGGGCUUUCUGCAUCCUCACCUGAUGCCUCUGCCUCACCCCCCACCUGAGCCCUGAGGCUCAUGGUUGGGGAGGGCCCCAGCUGCCCUCUUUUGUCACCCCUCUGCCACUUCCCUCCCCUGUCCCCAGUGUGUCCUAUAAUAAAAUUGGAGGUUAGGGUG